CCAGGAGCAUCAGUCUCAUUCUUCUUCCUCACCAGACAUGUCUCUCAAGGUUGUUGUUGUGGCCAUGCUGGUGGCAGCGGCGAUGGCCCGCCCCGAGCCUCCUCCCUACCCCACCUACAGGCCACCAACACCAGUCUACGGCGCCCCCGGUCCUCAGGCUCCUGCUAAGUACGACUUCAACUGGGCCGUCAAAGACGACGCUUCAGGAAACGACUUCGGCCAACAGGAGACCCGUGACGGCCCCCAUACCCAGGGCUCUUAUUACGUGCUGCUUCCUGACGGUCGUCUGGAGAAGGUGGCCUACACUGUCAACGGCGACUCCGGCUACGUGGCCCAGGUGACCUACGAGGGCCAGGCCCAGUACCCAGCACAAACUUACACCCCAGCUCCUGUCUACGGCUAAGUCAACGUUGAGGAAUAGCGUUAUUUAUUGUAUCUUAUUACGAAAAUGUAAAUACAUAAAUAAAUGGGCACGAAUAAU